CACAGCUUGUCUAGGACCCAAAUUCACAUGUGAUUCGUGACAUGUUUGUAUUUUUCUCUCUAUUGCAUACGUUUUACGGUUGUACAUUACACUAAGUGUUGUUGGUACUAGUAAACUAUUCGUUAGUCGAUAAUGAGUUCUCAAGUUACGUGUAUUGGAUGGGUUAAGCGAGGAGUUGCAAAAGAAACACCAGAUAAGGUGGAGUUAAGCAAAGAAGAGUUGCAACGUAUCAUAACAGAGGCAAAAGAACAAGCAGGUGGACACAUAGGGGAUGAUGAUGAUGAUAAUGAAGUCGACGAAGGCAUGGCCAGCAGCCAGGAGCAGAGUGAUGAGACAGAAGCUGUUCAAGGACUAGAGCCAGAGCAGGAUGAAAAUGAAGCAGGUCGGGAGGAAGAAGAUUUACUAGCAGAGUAUGGUUUAGAUAGAUAUGACGAGGAAGAUUCAGUGACUGCCAACCUUGGUGACAGUCUUGCUGGCCUCACAGUGUUCAGCAACAAUGAAGAGGAUCCAUAUAUCACCAUUAAAGACACAGAUCAGUAUGAGCGAGAGGACUUUCAGAUCAAGCCAAAUGAUAACCUCAUAAUUUCUGGCCGAACAGAGAAGGACAGCUGCAACCUGGAAAUUCAUGUAUAUAAUGCAGAGGAGGAAUCCCUCUAUGUUCAUCAUGACAUUCUCCUACCUGCCUAUCCACUUUGUGUGGAGUGGCUCAACUUUGACCCUAGUCCAGAAGGCACAGGCAAUUAUGCUGCUCUUGGCAACAUGACACCCCAAAUUGACGUGUGGGACCUGGAUGUGGUGGACUGCCUAGAGCCUGCCUUCUCCCUGGGGAGCAAGAAGGCCUCCAAGAAGAAAAAGAAAAGCAAGAAGGCUGCAGCAGAGCCAGUUGAAGGUCACACAGAUGCUGUACUGGACCUGUCCUGGAACAAACUGGUUCGGAACGUCUUGGCCAGUGGGUCAGCUGACGAAACGGUGAUCCUGUGGGAUCUGGCACAGGGAAAGCCGGCCACAACACUGCGCAGGCACACUGACAAGGUUCAGACAUUGAUGUUCCACCCGUUUGAAGCUCAGACACUGAUAUCAGGAUCAUUUGAUAAGUCGGCAAUCCUGUAUGACUGUCGCAGCCCGGACAGUAGUCAUCGCACAUGGAGGUUUAGUGGGCAGGUAGAAAGGGUCACCUGGAACCACUUCUCACCCUGCAACUUUCUGGCGAGCACUGAGGACGGCUUUGUUUACUGUUUGGAUGCACGUUCAGACAAGCCAGUGUUUACUCUAAGGGCACAUGACGGAGAAGUUUCAGGCUUGGAUCUUAGCAGCCAGAUCCGGGGUUGCUUGGUUACCUCGUCCGCAGACAAACAAGUUAAGAUUUGGGACAUCUUAGGGAACAAGCCUAAUCUGGUUCACACCCGGGACAUGAAAAUGGGGGUGUUGUUUUGUGCAGCUUGCUGCCCUGACUUACCCUUUGUGUAUGCCUUUGGAGGACAGAAGGAUGGCCUGCGGGUUUGGGACAUAAGUGACGUUGCAGCAGUCGCUGAGGUGUUUGGCAAUCGAGAACGGUUAGUGGCUAACACAGCUCCUGUGGCAUCCAGCAGCACCUCAACAGCAGACAUGGAGCUUUCCUAAUGAGCCACUUGGGACCAACUUCCAUUCAACUUAAAGCGGCUCCUUGGACUCCUAUAGAAAUAUCCACACAUCAAGCAGUUUCUUUCAACAGGAGACACUAAGAACAUUUCCACAACUGUAUAUGGACUGUCUCUGUUCAAUGCAAACAUUUGUUCUUGUGAAAUGAAAGUGCCACAAUAUUAUUUUUGAGUGCCAGAAAGUCUGUGAUGAGGGAAGUCAGUAUCACUCAAUGUAUGAGUCAAAAUAGUUCAAUAUAUAAAAAUUUUGAUCAACAGUUGUUAGGGAAAUUGACUUUAGAAAUUACCAUCACACAGUGUUUAUCAAUGAUAAGUCUAUCAAUUUGCUGAACUUUGCCUGAGAUUGGUACUAUUUUUAUUUUUUAAUCUGAGUAACAUUUCUGCAUUUGAUCAAAGAGAAAUGCCAAAUACAAAAUACCUGUUCAAACAUCCUGAAAGACAAAUCAGGAAACAUGUCAGACCAGCUUGUGCCGAAAUAUAGUGCAUUUCUAGAAAAUAUAGUAAAUCUGAUACUU